CUUCUUCUUCCUCCUUAGUCCUUCUAAGUCCAACCAAUCUGAUUUUUGGACACGACCUUUUGUCUUCUUUCUUCUCUCUCUCUCUGUUGAUUUUAGUGUUAACCCAAUUUUGAGGUUGUUCGAUUCCGAUCUACGGAUUUUUGUACUUGAGAAGCUUUUUCAGUUUUGUGUAAUUUGGUCGGAUGAUGAUCUUCUCGAUGCUUGCGCUAGGAUUUGGAAACUAAAUGGACUUUGGCGUAAAGCUCGAUUUUUUCCGUUUUUGAAUUCAGUUGAAUUUCUUCUUCUGCUGCUGGUUAGACGUUGUGUUGGUCUCUAUGGCUGAGGUGGGAAAAGUUUUGGCUAGUGACAUGGAACUAGCCAAUUCAAGCGAGACUAAACCAGCUGAUGUUGUUGCCACUGAUAAAAUGGAGGCUGCACCGGUUUCUACAACUGAAACCGUUGUUGAAAGCUCUGAAACUGAGCAAUCUUCAGGCGAGAUUCCAGAAUCUACAGACUGCAAGAAGCUACUAGAACUUGUUCCUGAUACUACCGCGGCUUCACAGUCAGAAGUAGAUGUUGCUUCGGAGAAAGCGCCAAAGAUUCCUGAGAGUAGUACCGUCUUGUCUUUGCAGUCUGGUUCAGAAGGGAGUAGCCCUUUUAUCAGGGAGAAAGUUAUGGAAGACGGAUACAACUGGAGGAAAUAUGGACAGAAACUCGUUAAAGGGAAUGAAUUUGUGAGGAGCUAUUACAGGUGCACGCACCCAAACUGCAAAGCCAAGAAGCAAUUGGAACGGUCUCCAGGUGGACAAAUCGUGGACACUGUUUACUUUGGCGAGCAUGAUCAUCCAAAGCCUCUUGGCGGUGCUGUCCCUAUCAAUCAAGAUAAACGAAGCGAUGUCAUCACAACUGCCAGUAAAGAGAAAUCAUCUGGACCCAGUGUUCAGACAUAUAGCCAAAGCCAAACCGAACCACCUAAGAUCCAUGGAGGCUUGCAUGUUUCUGUUAUUCCAUCGGCCGAUGAUGUGAAAGUAUUACAAACUAGCAGGACAAAGGGUGACAACGUUCACAAGGAUAGUACUAGUCCUGCCUCAAAGAGAAGGAAGAAAGGAGGGAACAUGGAGCACAUUCCAAUGGAGAGGUCAAACAAUGAAUCACGUAAUGUGGUUCAGACUCAGACUCUGUUUGAUAUUGUGAAUGAUGGGUACCGAUGGCGUAAAUAUGGUCAGAAAUCAGUGAAAGGGAGCCCAUAUCCAAGGAGCUACUAUCGAUGUUCAAGCUCUGGAUGCCCGGUCAAGAAACACGUAGAGAGGUCAUCUCAUGACACAAAGUUGCUUAUAACGACGUACGAGGGAAAACACGACCAUGAUAUGCCACCAGGAAGGAUUGUUACUCAUAAUAAUACGCUGGACUCUGAAGUUGAUGACAAGGAACUGAGUCCUAAAGACACAGAAGCAAACAAAACUCCACAGAGCUCAGCUCUUCAAACCAUUACAAAAGACCAGCACGUUGUGGAUUACUCAAGAAAGAAAGCUAAGACUAAUGGCUUUGAGAAAAGUCUUGAUCAAGGUCCAGUCUUGGAUGCAAAGCCAAAGGAGCAAAUAAAAGAAAGAUCAGAGGUAACUAAAGACCAAGCAGCCAAUCACAAAAAGUCAGAUGAUAAAACCACUGCUUGUCAUGAGAAUACGGCAAGAACUCUGGAGAGUCAGGAACAGAAACCCAAAGCAGAGUCUGGUCAAAGCUAAGCAUUUGACGUGUAUCCUGUGGUGAAUUAUAUACGGCUGUUUAACAUAGAUUAGUACAGGCGAUAUGAUUAUAGGCUGUACAGUUUGCUGUUCAGGCGGACCCAGAUUAGAAUAGUGUUUAAUGGAAUAGUAUGCUUACCACCUUUAUGUCGCCUGCGUAUUAGCCAUUUCCAUUUGGUUCAAAUAAGAGAUACAGGCAGUGAUGGUAACACAACAAGAGUCUUUCUUUGUUGAUGGAGCCUGUGUAAUAGUUGUAGUUUGGGGAUGUAUAUGAUUUGAUCAACCUUAUUAAUGGUAUUGAAACAAGACCAUCUAUUACUUCCAA